UGAUAUGUACUAGUAGUGGUUUGUUAAAUCAUGACAAAAAAAACUAUUUAAUGAAGCGACAAAAUACUGCAAAAUCACCUAAUACACCCAAAAACGCACCCGUUCAAAAUUCUCCCAAAAACACACCAGUUCAAAAUUCUCCCAAAAACACGCCAGUUCAAAAUUCUCCCAAAAACACACCAGUUCAAAAUUCUCCCAAAAACACACCAGUCCAAAAUUCUCCCAAAAACACGCCAGUUCAAAAUUCUCCCAAAAACACGCCAGUUCAAAAUUCUCCCAAAAACACGCCAGUUCAAAAUUCUCCCAAAAACACGCCAGCUCAAAAUUCUCCCAAAAACACGCCAGUUCAAAAUUCUCCCAAAAACACACCGGUUCAAAAUACACAAAAUUCUCCCAAGAACAAUCCAGUUCAAAAUACACAGAAUUCUCCCACAAAUGCUCCAGCCCAAAACACGCCCGUACAAAAUACACCCGUACAAAAUACACCUAAGCAAAAUGCACCAGCACAAAAUACACCCAAGCAAAAUGCACCAGCCCAAAAUACACCC